AUGAAACCACCCAGCAACAAGCCCGACGAUGAGUCAAAGGUCAACCCCUCGACCAAGAAGCCAAACAACAACAAGAAAUGUACCAACUGUGGCAAGAUGGACGCAAAGGCCCACUGCACUGGGUGUCGCGGAGCACCUGAAGUCGAUGGUACCCCUCAAGAAGGUGUGCGCUACUGCAGCAAAGAGUGUCAGAAGGCACACUGGGUUCAUCACCGCAGAGGCUGUAGGAACAUGCAGGCCAGAAAGGCCUUGUUCAGAGCUGGCAGCCUCUUGCAAGAGAUGUGGUACGCUAUACGCCGAGAAUCUUACGACAAUGCUGUUGUCAGAGUUCAAGAGAUCAACGGAGACCUUGUCGUGUACGAUGGGGACUACAAUGUCGAAUCUACCUUGAGAGAGAAUGGCUACUACCGCAAAUUUCCGGAGGAAAUCUUCAAGAACAAGAAGGACGCAGAAUCUUGCCUUAGCCUACUAUCCUGCAACGAUGUCCUGAAUCACAUGCCCAAGGCUGUUGAAUGGCUCCUCAAAGACAUUUGCAAAGACAUCACCGAAGCAAUGGUCAAGGUAAAAAAGCCAGUUCGUGCAACACGCUACGGAACUGGCGAGUGGGAUUUAGACUGGACGCACACGGUCUUCAAGGCCGUUCUGGUCUCUGGAGAAACGUACGCCAUAGAUCUCGCCGGAGCACAAUAUGGCUUUUAUGAGCCCGUCAUCCUGUGGUCGAAGUAUAGAGAGAGAUGCAUUGAGAUGAUUUGCCUCGGCCCAGACAGCUACUGUCCACUUGGUUUCCAAGCCCGUACCUUGCUCAGUCAGACUUUUUCCAACCCCGGGGAUAAACGUACCAUGUUGCAGCGUGCUAUCCCUAUGAUGGGAGAAUGUCUUAAACUUCAGUUCAACCAAGCUCUCGAGGACAUCAAGAAGCGCUACACGUCUGGACGAGACCUCCUUCACCUUCCCCCGCCAGCCUUCCAAGAUGCUGAGAAGGACAUGAUAUCAAUGGCGAAGCACGUCACGCGUGAUACGGCUGAGAAGGUGGAUGUUCUUCUCCCAUUGAUCGUAGGCGAAACAGAUCACGCGAACCAGAUGAUGCUUUUGGAUCCCCGGGCCCACAAGGGCCGCCUUCUGGCUCACUGCUUGGUCACACUUGCUGCUCAUUUCAAUGGCGCCUGGCAGAGGGACAACGACACGGGUCGUUUGAUCUCACUCUCAUUAAAGCGUGCCGACACAGAUAGUGAGUAUCUCAAGAAAAUCAUGAGCGGGAAACUCCCUGAGCAAAAGUCUUGGAGCGACAUGACUCUUUUGUAUCAGUAG